GAGGGUCGUUGCUCUGUGCGCCAUAUAGCUGGAGACACUAUCUGUUGCGUCUCAAAAGGACGUCGAACCAUCGGGGUUUUAACACUGGAAAGGUAUAGAGGUUGGCCCGGGUACCCGGUAGUCAGCCCUGGCCUUCUCAGAGGUGAGGCUAUCUGUCCCACAGCUAAAGCUUGGUUCAAAUGAAGACAUGCAGUACGACAAUGGCCCCAAACACAGCAGCAGAUCUACUGCUGUGUGUCUGGAGAAGAAAAUGGUAGCAUUACAUUUAGUGUACCGCAAUGCUAACAAACAAUGUGGUCAACAACAGCACGUUUUGGAUUUUUUUUCUGUGUUCCUAUUGAAUAAAAAGAUGACAAAAGAGAAUGCGUCUUGUGUUUAUCAACAUGGUACGUACUAUUUUAUGGAUAUCUAAAGAAAUCCAUUUGUGCACUCAUGGUUAAACUGUAAUUAAAGACACGUGUGCUGUUUUACAUAGGUUGUAUUACAAAGUGUUCCUGCUAUCUGUCCCACUUUUCUUCUUUGUGAAGCUAGCUCUGGCUCACUCAGAUGAGAUGGAGAGCACAUGUGAACAUCCAUUCUAAAGGUUGUGCAACAAGUUUUCUCUUUUGGACUGAGGACUUUGACUAGGCCAUUCUCUGACAUGAAUAAGCUUUGAUGUAAACCACUGAAACCCUGUCUGUAGGUGUAGGAGGCUGGAAGGUGAACCCCGGUCUACAAAUUACAACAAAAACCUGCUCUUCUCCAGAACUUUCUCCUUGACGUUGUCUGCUGUUCUCCUCGGGCUUCAAGAAAGUGUUUGCUCACUGAUGUUCUCUAAAAUCCCAGUAAAGUACAUUGAAGGUUUGAAGUGGUAACACCUAAAAACCUGGAGCAUCAAGGUAAACUGAAGUUGCGUUUUCUCCACAUAUGUUCCUCAUGUUUCCAAUUUAGCCACACAUCUCCAUGUGUUUUGAGUCUCAAGGCCUCGCUAAGUGAUUGGCCCAUUGACUGUUUGUAGCUUUAGCCUGGGAACUGCUUCCUGAUUGGCUGCCGUGAGCAGCAUGGGUCACGGUGGAAGUCCACAUACAAGCCCGGUCAUUCAGUUAAACGAACAGAGCUUGGCUUUCAUCUCUCAUGUACAUGUUGAGGUUUGUGGGGAACCGGACCUGUACUGACUCCAGCUUGCUAUGGCUGUGUCUAUGUCGCUGCUUGGUUAUUCACAUGCUAUUAUGAUUAUUCUACUUCUACAUGGUGACUGUCUUAUGGUGACACCAGACGUCUGUGACUCAAGUUGUUCUGGAUCUGCGGCGGCUGCUUUCUCCGGUCAGAAAGGUGUGAGGUACACUUACAGGUACAGCAGUGCCAUCACCACCAGCCUUCAUGGCUCGAGCGGUGGCAGGAAUGGGCUGGCUCUGGACUGCGUGGUGGACAUUGAAGUGGUCUCCAAGUGUCACCUAAUAAUGCAGAUAAGGAAUUCACAGAUAAAGCGUCUCUCCCCUCAGAGGGAACACUCUGUCCUGCAUUUAAAAAGCUUGAGGGAGUCACUGGAGAGAACGCGCCUCAAGUUCUCCCUCCAGGGGGGAAAGGUCACAGCCCUCUGUCUCCAGGAAGGGGAGCAGGUGUGGGCUCUCAACAUUAAAAGGGCUCUACUGAGCAUGCUCCAGACCUCCACCACGGUCGCCAAAUUCAGAGAAGAAACAGAGACGGAUGUUCAUGGAACAUGCACCAGCAGAUAUGAGAGGCGAGGGCCCACACUGCUGAAGAGCAGGGAUCUUAAACGGUGCCAUCAGUCCAGGUUGGCCGACCUCUGGCCUCACUCAGCUGCUCUGACCGAAGACACGAUGUUGCAGAUGGAGCUACACUGCGUUCAGCGACCUGGAGAGACAAUGAUGGAAGAAGUCAACUGUACCGAGGUUGUCUCACUGGCAACUUCUUUGAGGAGUUCAACACCUGUGAAGACCAAGAGUGUGUCCAUGUUGCUCCUGCUCAAAGUCCAGUCAGGAACAUCUUUAGGAGCAGAGUCCCUAAGUCCUGGUGCGCUCACUGACCUGCAGUUUGAGGAUGAUGAUGAUUCAAGGCUGCAAAAACACAGGCCGACAACUCCAGAGAAAGUUGGUCAGACCGUGGCGUUGUUGUGCAGCGCCGCCUCAGAUCCUCAGCUGGUUUCACAAGAGUUCCUGCAGCUGGUGUUCCAGCUCAGAGAUAUGACUCUUUCUCAACUCAAGAGACUUUGGCAAGAAACUUCUUUCAAGUGCAGAAAUGACUGGCAGCCACUAUUGGACGCAUUACCUGCAUGUGGAUCUGAAAACUGCACUCUACUGCUGACUGACCUGAUCAUGAACAAAGAACUGGACGAGGAGCACGUUAACUCUUUCCUUACCGCCCUAGCCCUCAUCCCACAUCCAUCACCUCAGAUCAUUGGCUCCAUCAAUGGUUUCUUGGAGAGCCCAGAGCUGCGGCCCAAGGCAAUGCUGACCGGAUCAUCUCUGAUCUAUCAGCUGUGCCAAAGGCUUCAAACGUCCUGCGGUAAAACACCUCAGGUAGAGUCUUUCUUACAGACGCUUCAGGAAGCCCUGAGCACGGGCUGUGAGGAAAAGGAACCCCACGAAGUCAGUGAGAUUUUUUAUGCAAUGAAAUCCAUUGGGAACAGUGGUAUGUCUGCAGCUGCCUUUAUUCCUCUGUUGAAUCGCUGCAUGCUGGGCCACAAAACGGAGCUGGAGCUGAGACUUGCUGCCAUCCAAGCUUUCAGACGCUUUCCUUGCUCAGCUGACCGGUCUGUGCUGUUGCAGCUGUACAGAUCUUCCCAGGAGGACCCUGAGGUCAGGAUCGCUGCAUACCAGCAGCUCAUGCUCUGCCCUGACCAGGAAGUGUUUAAGGUGGUGAAGACAACCCUGAGGAGCGAGACUUCCAGCCAAGUGGGCUCAUUUGUCUGGAGUCAUCUCACUAAUAUCCUGCGGAGUGAGGACCCUAUGAAGCAGACCUUAAUUGACUUACUACCUGAUGACAUUAUAAGCAGAGAUUUUGAAGCAGAGUUUUGGAAAUAUUCCUCCUUUUCAGAUCAUACUUUUGUUUCAGGCUUUGGGAUAAAAAAUGUAGAAACAUCCCUGAUUUUCUCUCCAAAGUCCUUUCUGCCCAGGUCUGUCUCGGCCAACGUGACGAUUUAUUUACACGGUCGAGCGCACAACCUGCUGCAGGUGGAUCUACACAUGGAAAACUUUGAGCCACUUUUGAGGAGUGCUUUUGGUGACAAGACAGACAGUGAGCGGGCUGCUAAGCACGGAAAACAGGAGACGAGAAGGGGUGGAAGGGCAGCGGAUGACAGAAACAGAGGAGAAAAAGAACCGUGUGUGUCCAACACCGACAGUUAUCUGAACCAGGCCAGGGCCAUGUUUUUUGGAAAAAAGAAAGUAGACGAGGAAAGGCCAAGGUGUUGGUUUGCUGUGAAGAUCUUUGGGAAUGAGCUCAGUGUGUUGACAUGUGACGACAUCUACAACCAAGUCCAUCAGGCGUCCCUCAGCAUGGCUGGGCUGGCUGUGAAACUGCUCAAGGGUCAUGAGGUUCAGCUGAGCCACAGGGGUGUGCUGAUGACCGAGGAGCUGGUGUUGCCCUCGCUGUCCGGCGUCCCCAUCAAACUGGCCGUCAACAUGACCUCUCUUCUCUCGCUGCACCUGAAAGGCAGCGUUAACUACAGGGAUGCUUCUCACUUCUCCCUGAACGGAUACGUGCGCCCCAGUGCCUAUGUGGGCUUGUCAGCCAGGAUGGGGGUGGACGGUGCUUUGGGUCGGGCUGCGGUUGAAUGGCUUGCUGAGCUCAGGAGCUCCCCCAGCCUGGAUGGGAUCUUACAGCUGCAGGAGGGGCGGGACAUCCGAGUCACUCUGAACACACCACAGGACUUGAUGGACAUCUUCUCUCUCAGCUCCAGAGUAUUUCAGCUUAGCGGAGACCACAGAGAGGAGAUUAAGGGACCAAAACCUCGGAUCCAAAAGACCUCCUGCACACCAAAAGACUGGUCCAAACUGAUUGGCUGGCAGUUGUGCUCCAAUGUCUCUUAUCCUUCUCUUGCCUCUGGUAUUACUUUACCCCCUUCUGGACCGGUCCAACUGUCGCUCAGACUGCUGAAGCUGGAUAGAGGCCUCCAUUACUAUCUGCUGGAGGCCGCUUACUCAUUACAUCAUAUGGGGGGGACCUGGUUUCCCAGAGAGGCCUCCAUCCACCUCCUACUUGCCACCCCUCAGUCGUCCAUUCCCAGGGACAUGUCUCUGGACCUGGCCAUCAGCUCCCACAGAGUGCUGCUGAGAAUCAAGCAUCCACUGAAAACCAUCUUCUUACAAGGACAAAUUGAACAAGAGAAGAAUAUACAGUCAGGGAAGCUUGAGCUUACAAUUGACAGCGUUCAUUAUUAUAUCCUGGGUUUGGUGGAGAGCACCAGCCUUCAGUCUGAGCAGAGAACACGGUACCACGUGGAAGCUAAGACGGCCGCUGACGAACACCCCAUGGUUCUGUCGGCUAACGCUACUCGUGGACUGGGCAGGAAGAGCAGCUUCUCUGCUACUCUGAAGAACGUGUUCAGAGAAACCGCCUCCCUCUCAGUGGCUCUGGAGCGGAGGCGGGACCUCAGCAGCAGCCAGUACUCUGUGGAGGCGGAGCUCUUCUUACCUGGACUGGUGGGCAGCAGGAUGCUGGGACUGAUGGAACAGAAGGGGGCGCUGUUGAGCUCUGUCCUCAGGGUGAAAUAUGGCCUGAGAGGGGAAUCCAGGAACCUGCAUCAGGAGUGCUAUACUUCCCAGAGACUGAGGAGAGGCAGGGACUCAACCCUCACGUACAUCAUGAGAGCUGAUCAUGAAUUCUACUGCACUAACACGGCAUCUAUCAACCACAAGAUCCACAUCAGGCAUGAAGAAAGCCCCAGCCACAUCAAGUCAGCCCUGGACAUGAGCUACGGCAAACACUGGGACGAGCUCAACAACAAACACACACUUCUCCUCAGUCAGUCCCUCCUGAACCGAUCCACAGAGAACCACACCAGUUACGUGUUGGAGUUCAAUCUGCAGGUACCAGGGAACAAUUUAAACUACAGGACUCAGCUGAUGCACUCUCACCUGACGCAGCAUGGCUCUGAGAGCAGCACUCACUUAAAAAUCAAUUACAACAACCUGAUGCCUGUGGUGGCUGGAUUACACUGGAAAAGCCCUCCCAAAAACGUUCUUCCAAAGAAAUGGGAAGGCACCUUCAACAUGGACACACCAGGGCUGUACAUUUACGCCACCCACAAGCUGAGCCAGCCGCACCGCCACACCCUGCAGCUCACCUCGGAGCUGACAGCCAGCAAGUGGCUGACCGUCCGUAACCUGGUCCUGGACGCUUUGUACAGGGACAGGGGCCGAGAGAAGGAAGCCCGUUUGGAGGUCUACACACCUGCUGCUACCUACCUCCAAGCAGGGGUGUGGGGCGUGGCGGGAAAGCAGGCUGUAAAGGCCCACGGCUCCUUGGGUUCCCUUUGGACUCCUCCUCUGGAAGCAAACAUCUCUCUGGAGACCUCUAAAUCCAGCCACUCCCUGUUGAUGAGGACCACAUAUGGCAAGCAAAAUGUCAGCUUUGCUGCUGCAGUGAGCUGUGCUGAUAAGAAUUUGAAGAAGAGGCGGGCGAUUGUAAAGAUCACCUUCUCCAGGCCAAAGAGUCCUACCAUGGAAGUGGAGUUAGAGGGCUUGGUGGAGGAGCUGAGGAGGGACAGGAAGAUGUAUCAGAAAGCAGCUCUGCUCCAGUUUAGACAGCCCUUCCACACCUUUCCUCAGACUCUUCUUCUGCGGGAGACCUUCACUGUAGACCUCAUCAAAGGCCUCUACAUUUUGGAGUCUAAAGCUGGUUUCCACGACGACAAGGAAGUCGUCCACACCCUGACUCUCGGCUACAAACCCCCAAGCCCGUUUGUUUGUUCUGCGCUCAUCCAUACGUUCAGCUCCGACACUUUUCCAUCAGACUCUGAAGCCUGUGUGACUGCCACCAGCAACCAGACAGACAGACAUGUACGAGGGAGGUUAUUGGUCAACAGUCAGGAGAAACUGAACUUCCUUGGGCAGAUCCACCUGAGUCCCUCACAUUCAAAUCAGCAGUCAAUACAAAUGAAAGCCAACUACAGUCAUGAUCUGCAGCUGCAGCUGCCCUCCUCUGCUGUGAUGGAGGGAGACUUACUCUGGAUCCCUAAACUAAACAAUGAGUUUGACUAUCAGGCCAGAGGAAAUCUGAGAAUAGAGCGACAGGAGUGCAAACUUUCAGUACAGCUGAACGGAACAUCAGGAAGAGUCGGCCUCCGUUCCUCUCUCACGCAUCCCUUCAAAUCAAAGAUUCCUAAAACGCUACAGGUGGAAGCUGCUGUAGACCACUCGGCGGGCGGAGAAGGGAGCAGUUCAUUGAAUGUGAGAGCUAACGGGAAGAGCAGGGUGACUCUGAAUGGCCAGAUGUCCCACCGGCUCCAGAAUCAAGACAGAGCACUGAGACUGAACCUGAAUCUGUCCCAGAACCUCCUGCCAACGGUCACCGACCUGCAGCUAAACAUGGCGGCCGACGUGACGGCGCACAGUGUGUCUCUGCGUGGCUCCUUCACACAAGGACAGGAGGCAUUGCUGGCCCAGGUCACGGGGUCUCGAAACAACUCCCAGGGUCUUCAGCUGGCUCUGUGGGGGAAUGUUCACCAUUCAAUGUCCAUACUGGAGGUUCUGCCCCAUGUCCUGAGUCUGGAUGGAGUGUUAGAGCACGCUGAUACUUUAACAGAGGGACAUCUGAGAGUUAACGUGAUGGAGACUGUUCACAGCAUAGAGCUGAGACGUCAGCUGGAUGCUGCAGAAAGUCUGGCCAAAGACGGAGGAAUGGUGGGAGAGGAUUCCCCGCGCACACAGGACCGGCUUUGUGUUUGGUCUGGGCUUCAGAACCUGUGUGUUAAUGUCAGCCGGCUCCUGGAGAACCAGGCAAAUGGAGAGAUCUCUGUUCAGCUUUCUCACUCCUUCCACCUGCUCAACACCACAGGUGUGCCUGCUGACUGCAGCGCUAAGACGGAGUGGACCCAGGACGAGGUUGGGCUGUCAGUCCUUGCAGAGCUGCAGGCUGGGACUGAGCAUGUCAAAGCUGAGUUUCACAGGGAGAAGACAGACCUGCGCUGGCAGUUCUUCUCCAGCUUACAACAACAAGUCAAGGCCCUGCAGAAAAGAGGCCUGGCAAGCUCAUUCCAAGCCAGUGCGCAUUACCAGUCAGAAGCAGGAGGAAUUGACUCAAGCUUGGUUCUCAGCGUAGAAGAUGAGAGAAGGGCAGAGAUCCUUUUGAUUGUGGGAUCAACAAACAAAACAGCUGCUUUAGUCGUGACGCUAAGGCAGCACAUGAAGCUGUUCCAGGGUUUCGUACCCAGCUAUUUACAGAUGAACUGCACAGGGGUCACCACCAAAGACCGACUCUCAGCUCACUGCUCUGGAAACGUGGCAAACGGCCCUGUGGAGACUCUCAUUGGUCCACAGGCCUCAGCCAACAUUUCCAUCACCCAUUCAGGAUGUGUCACAAACCUCAGUGCAGUUCUCCAGGCUGAUGGAGCCAAGAAAGGCGCUCUGACUCUGUCCCUGACUCGCAGUCCUCACGGCAGCCUACGUGCAGCUGUCCUGCACCUAUUAGAUGCAGUAAAGACGCUGCGAUUUGCUGCCAGCGGAGCCCCACCACUGAAUAAUGGCUCAGGUGCGUCUCUGCCUGCCGUGGAUUUCAGCCUGGAGCUGGGCCGGUGUUCCCUCAGGGGAAAUCUGGGUAAUACCGCGGCUUUACAGCCAUCACAGCCUUCUCUAAUCAUGAAUGUGACCAGCCACUGCCCUCUGUUUCAGGGGACGAUCCUCCCUCAGUCCCUGGCCUUUCAGGGCCUCCUGACGGUCACUUCCUGUCAGGUGACCGUGUCGUCCUCUCUGACGGUGGAGGACGAGGUCGCUUCUCUAGAGCUAAGGCAGUCCUGCACGACUCCACAUCUCUCGGGGACCAUCACCUGUUCUUUUUGUGAGCUGAAGAAUCGAGGUCUGCCGCAGAUGAUCAGUAUGGAGGUUACGGGUCCGCAAAGCCCGGACCGGGAAGAGGCGGUGAUUUUUAGAAUGGGAAGAUGUAAGAUUAGAGCCAGGAGAACCACACAAGACGGAGGAAUGGACCACUGGCUUUGGGCCUUGGAGACAGAUUGCCCCAUUGUGCAGGCUCAUGUGAAUGGCUCAGUGUGGAAACAGCCUGGAGGUAUGUGGACAGCCAUGAUGGAGACUGAUGUAAAGGGCAGAAGAGCUGUCCUCAGGCUGGACGCCAAACCCUGGCCGGAGCUGAGUGUGGAAGGCAGGCUGGAUCAUGACAGUCCUGCCCUCAGGGCUCUGCCUAAAAGCGGCAGACUGAGACUAAGCAGCAGCUCCGGAGCACGUGGUGCAGAAGUGCUCGUUCAGAUGGAGGAGUGCAGCCUCAGAGCCAGCGGGGAUGUGAUGUCACAGUCCGGCCUGCAGGUGUCACUGCUGCACAACAGCAACUGCACAAUGUUUCAGGAGUGGGGCGUUCCGAACAGCAUGCAGGCUUCAGGCUCACUGCUUCUCUCGCCGGCCUCAGUUUAUUCCCACAUCUUCAUGGUGAUAGAUGACAAGGGCUUACGCACUGGACUGACUGCAAGACAAACUGAGGAUCAAAAUGAAGCAUUUCUUAAUCUCAGCCAUUCCAUGCCCCUGCUAAAGAAACUGGGCCUUCCUGUGAAUGCUUCACUAGCAGUAAACUCUGAGAGUCAUGAUGGUUCAUACUCUUUAGCGGUCAAUGGCAGUGCCGGGAGCCAGAAGUUAUCUCAAGAGUUGAAAAUGGAAAAGACACCUGAGAGCGUGAGAGUGCAGGGUCAGUUAAAACAUACAGUUAAUUAUCUACAAAAACUUGGAGUCCCUGCAAGCAACCGCAUCCAGGCAGACCUUGGUUCUGCUGAGGGGAAGAGCUUCAGCCUGCAGUCCCAGUGUGGAGAGCAGCAGACAGGACUCAGACUUCAGCUGAAGACUUGUCCUGUAGUCAAAGAAAUGAGGGGAACCAUGUGGCACAGCUCACCAUGGCUUCAUCGCCAAGGACUGCCCCUAAAAACAGAGGGCCUUUGUUCCAUUAAGGGAACAUCGUCUCAGCUGCGGUCCAGGGCUCAGCUCAGUGUGGACGGACACAGGCUGUUCACAUCUGGGCUGAAUGUCAGUGGGGCUGACGGUCACCUGGCUGUGCUCCUUUCCUACUCUCCCACAGCUCUCAACCAAACAAGGACGCAGCACAAGCUGGACACUGUCCUAACCGUUCAGUUCAAAGGCCCUCUAAGAAGCACUUCAUUAGACGUUCGCCGUCAGGACUGGAGGCUUCGGCUGGCAGGGGAGGCGGGGGGCUGGGGGACGCAUGGGGGUACCAAGGAGGCCAGGUUCACCCUGAGGCACACUCAACAAGGAGAAACUAGCCCCACCUUCCAGGUGGAGGCCUGGGGAAAACUUACAGAUUCCCAGCUGAAGGGUUCUAUGGCUGUAAACCCUGAACUGAGCUCUUCAUUCGCCCUCAUAGUCCAGGGACACGAUUCCACUCCUAGCAAGGAGCUGAUGGUGAACGUGGUCCACAACAUCAACCAGAUGUUGGUCUACCUGCCCUCUCAGCUCAAUCUCCGGUCUCAGCUGAACCAUUCCCAGUCCAGCGUGGCAGCUAUGGUGGAAGUGUUUUCAGGCAGGAGGAAGCUGUGGGCUCUGGGGGAGCUGACCGCCAUAGAGAGCGGAUACAGGCAGACCGUGGAGGUCAAACACUCCUACCCACAGUUAAAGCCUCUGCCCAGGACCAUGGCAGUGAGGACGGUGUACCAGACACGGACGUGGAGCUACCUCAUCCAGCAGGCCGCCGUGUGGGGCAACCACGAGUUCAGCCUGUCUGGUCUUUACUCCAGUCCAGCGGACCUGGCGCUGGGCAACCAGACACUGAAGGUUCAGAUCAGCAGCAUCCCCCAUUUGAGCAGUCUGGAGGUGGUGCAUGAGAGUUCCUCACAUGGCCGACUAGACAGCGUUUCCCUGGGCUGGAGGAGACAAGGACAAGCGCAGCAGGUCCGAGCUCUCAGUUCAUGGAGUCGCUCUGAGGAGACAAACGAGACCAAGCUGGAGCUAAAACAUCCUUUCUCCUCGGCGCUGAGCCAGCUCUCCCUGCAUCUACUGUCCCACAGCUCACAGAGGAAGAGGAGCAGCAGGCACCGGACCCAUCUGUCCUGGGAUGGCGCGGUUCCGGUCAACGUCUCUCUCAGCCUGAACAAACUGAGCUCCAACGUCGGCAGGGCGUGUGUGGCGCUUUCAGCUCAGCGGGUCGGCGGAUCCUCUGCAUCUUUAAAGACGGCGGUGUCUUCUGGAAGGGGCUGCGUGUCAAUGGGUUACGGGGGAAACAUGUAUUCACAGACUGCGGACGUCACAUGGCACAACAAGAGCUUCAGACAAGGCGUGACGUACCAGAAAAGUGCUCAGGGAUUGCACGGCCUUCAGUUGUAUGUUGAUUUGGACAGAGUGUCCCCGGCGCCCUGUCACUCUCACAUGCUCCUGGCUAAAGUCCAAACCAACCUCAGGGACCGUCUGGAGCAUCGAGUGGAGCUCGGUGUUUGUCCUGACCGGCCCAGUCUGUGCUGGUCCGGGUCUCACAGAGUGAAGUCUGGAGACGAGCUGUUCUACACUCAGUCCCGCCUGUCAGUGACGGGUCAGCCGCACCAGUCCAGCUUCACGCUCGCCCUCACCAACUCCUCGGCUGCCCAGGGAACCAACAUCUCUCUGCACACCGAGGCGAUGGUGGGUAAUUGGAGCUUGGAGCUGGGGUGCAGCGCCCUGUCUCGGCCCCAUAGCUCGGGUCUCCAGGUUCAGGCCACUCUGGACCACAGACAGAGGCUUUGGCUCAAUGGGACGAUGGAGGGACGCUGUCUGCGGACCGCUGCAGGUUACAUGAAUGGGUCGGGCCUCUGUGAGAAUCUCAGCGCUGCGGUUUGUGCAGGAAUCAAUCACAGCUUGAGGACGGACGUGCAGAGGGUCAGAGAUGGAUGCAGAGAGCCUGAGACUUUGGGGAGUUUAUCGCUAGAACUAGCCAAUCAGAAGCUGACAAUGACAGCGAGUGGCAGUGUGGAGAGGUUAACUGCAGCAGAGGAGCAAUUUCACGCUCUGAGCUCUCAGAUCCAGAAGGAGCUCAUGGAGAGGAUAAAGGCGGUUCAGCGUCUUCUUAUAGAAACCACAGAGCAGUCUGCAGACGGUCGGCUGCUGCGGGAGAGGAGCUCUGUUCCUCUGCUUGUUUCUCAGCAGGCUGAGGCCCUGCUUGGCCGGGGAAACGGAGGUUUGUUGUCCCUGUGGCUCAGGAGCUCGCUCCGUCGCACACUGACCAGCAGCCUGCCUGACUUUCUGAGUCAGAUCCAACAAGCCUCGCUGCAGGGACAGCAGGAGCUCAGGAGGCCUCUGGCUACUCUGGCGGGCGUGUACCAGGACGUGAGGGGCCUGAGGCUGGAGGCAGCAUGGAGGGAGGCUGUUGUGAUGUGGACUGACAGGCUGGCGGGCGUCCUACCUGCGGAGCUGGAGAACCCCCAUCUGAGUUCCCUGUCACUAGCAGGAGUCAAAGUCCUCAGAGCCGCCCUGGAUGUGGCAGGCCAGCAAAGCUACCACUGGGCUGAGAGCAGGCUGGCCAUGGCUCUGUCUGGCGUCAGGAAGCGGCUGGCUUCUCUGUACAGAUUCACCCCCAGAGAAUGUGAAGUGACUGUGUCAGUGCCGCUGCUAAAUCUCAACCUGUCAAAGGCUGCUGAAGGCGGGCUGUUGGAAAUCCUGCUGGAGGAGUGGCUCCUGAGGCCCCUGCAGGCCCUCGCCUCUAUUAGACCUGCUGCUGAGCUUUAUCGCUUAAAGAGGAAAAUCAUGGACAGCCCAUUCAGACACCAAGCUCUGCUGGUGGCAGAUCAGUUUGUGGUGACUUUUGACGGUCACCUGUAUGAACUUCCUGGUCCGUGUCCGCUGCUCCUCGCUCAGGACGUCGGCGGUGACCCGUCCUUUACGCUGCUGCUCGGUACAGACUCACAGAGCUCCCUGGUGAUGCGAAUGAACAACAGCACCAUCAACAUUCAGCACACUGGACAGGUGAAUGCUGACUGCAAGGACGUUGUCACACACGCACAAUACAGUGAUCAAGGGCUGAGUGUGAUCAAGGGGUCAAACAAUGCACGGGUGUCCAGUCAGGACGGACUAUUGGUGUCAUGUGAUUGGCUGCUUGAGUUGUGCAGCUUCUCCCUGGAUGGAUGGUUACAUGGUGCAUCCAUUGGACUUUUUGGGACUAACGAUAACGAUGCGGGCAAUGAUUUCCCUUUGCCUGAUGGAUCGCAAGCUAGGACGUUGGAAGAGUUUUUUCACAGCUGGGAGCUGAAGCCAAGGUGCAGUAAAUCCACAGAAACAGAGCAGCGAAUUUCCAAAGCAGCUGUCAGCCCGGCGAGUUGUGGUUCUCUGUUCUCUUCCGCUGAUUCCCCUCUGAGUUCCUGUUUCAGGGUGGUGGAUCCUGCUCAGUUCCUGUCAGUGUGUGAGUUGAGCUCCUCCAAAGCGCCCUGCCGAUUAGCAGCAGCGUUUGUUCAUCUCUGCCAGCAGAACUACGUACCACUGGAGAUCCCCAGCCAGUGUAUGAAGGUCUGAAGGACAGGCAAGCUGGUGAAGAUGAAAGAUAAGCAGUUAACCUCUGCUCACCUUUGUUUAGAACGAAUACAUUUGUAAACAAUUGUCUUUACUCUUUAUUUGUUUAAAGAACAUAUUUUAAUUAGCUGUUUUAUUUCCUAAUGGGCUCUUAACUAAGAUAAUAGAAUAUUUUCAACAACUUGAAAUAAAAUCUUUUUGUCAGCCCUA